AUGCCUCGGCUCAUGCAUAAUACGACCUCUUUGCCGAGGAACCUACGCGUUGAAUUGGACAUCAAGGACCACUACGGCGAGAAGAAGAAGAGGUUUCAGCGAAACGGACCGGCAUCGCGAAAAGAUCGACGACGAGAAGAGCGCAACAGCAAGAAGACAAACUCGCGACAAGGCCCGGGCGGAUUCCACGGAGGACAACGACAGGGCUACCAGGAGCGGGGUGGUCGCGAUAAUGAUGACAAUCUUGACGGAAUGGACUCGGAUAUGGGUGGAUCGGAUGACGAGGGGGAUGUUAUGGCAAAAUUGAAGGCCGCUAAACAAAAGAAGGCUGCGCCUAAACCAAGUGGAGAGGAGGAUGUGAUGGCGCAAUUGAAGGCUGCCAAACAAAAGAAAGCUGCGACGCCCAAGGCAGGCGCAGAGGAGGAUGUGAUGGCACAAUUAAAGGCCGCGAAACAGAAGCAGAAGGAAACGCAAUCCAAAGCGGGCGACAGCAAAUCAAAGAAGGGCAAGAAGAGGGAUCACGAUGGCGACGAGGACAUGAAUGACGUACCGUCAGCACCGAAGGUUUCUAGGGCGGUUCAGGAAAAACUGGACCAGGACGACGCAGAGAUUGCCGCGCUAGAAAAGAGGCUUGGACUCAAGAAGGGAAAGAAACUUCCGAAAUCAUUUGCAGACGAUGGUCUAGAUGACUUGCUAGGCGACUUGGAUGACGGGUCAGCGGAUGAAGGUCGCAAGCGCAAAAGAGAAGCCGACGAUUGGCUGCGGAGCAAACGAAGAAAGGCUCAAGGGUUGAAGUCCGACAGUGAAUCUGGCGAGGACGACAGUGACAUGGGAAGCGAUAUGGGAUUGGACGACUUGGACGAAUUGGAGGACGGUGACUUGGAUGAUUUGGACGACAUGGAUGACGAAGACGAAGAUGACGAGGAGGAGGAGGGUGAUGAGGAUGAUGAUGCUUUCGGCGAGUUUGAUGAGGAUGAUGAGGACGAGGAUGAAGGGGUCGACGAAGAGGAAGACAAGCCUGCCCCCAAGAAACGCGAAAAUCCCUACGUUGCGCCUGUAGCUCCAGAGCCAACAGAAAACAAACCGCAAAAAUACAUCCCACCCUCUCUGCGCGCCGCCUCGAAUUCAGAAUCCGAAACCCUCAUUCGCCUACGGAGACAAGCCCAAGGACAUCUCAACAAGCUGUCCGAAGCGAACAUGGUAUCGAUUCUCUCGGAAUAUGAGAAGCUUUAUCGGGAUUAUCCUCGAGGGGAAGUAACGUCCACCCUGAUUAAUCUGCUAUUCGGGUUGAUUUGCGAAAGGUCUGCCUUGCAGGAUACCUUCGUAAUUCUCCAUGCGGGUUUCAUUGCGGCUGUGUAUAAGGUGGUCGGCAUCGACUUCGGUGCGCAACUUGUGCAGAAGAUCGUGGAGAUGUUUGAUGCUGGAGGUGACGAGAAGGGCAAGUUCGAGGGCAAGGAAGCCAUCAAUUUGAUCUCCCUUCUGUCACAGCUGUACAACUUCCACGUCAUCGGAAGCACCCUUAUCUUCGACUACAUCCGACUCUUCCUGCAGGAAAUCACGGAAGAAAACACCGAAUUGCUGCUCAAGAUUAUCCGAAACUCCGGACCUCAGUUGCGACAAGACGAUCCCUCGUCCCUGAAAGACAUUGUCCUCCUGAUUCAACCCGCUGUCGCCAAAGCCGGCGAAGCUGCCCUCACAGUCCGAACGAAGUUCAUGAUCGACACUAUCACCGACCUCAAGAAUAACCGCAUGAAGUCCGGUGUGGGCGUCGGCUCGACUACGGUGACCUCCGAGCACAUCACCAAGAUGCGCAAGAUCCUCGGUGGACUGAACAACUCGCGCGUCAUCCGCGCCACAGAACCCAUCAGCAUCUCGCGCGACGACAUCCACAACGCCUCGAAAAAAGGUAAAUGGUGGCUCGUCGGUGCCAGCUGGAAAGAAGACCCGCUCGAGUCCGCGCGCAACGAACUCUCCGCAACCAACCAGCACGGGCUGCCCGCAGAGGCCGACGACUCAGACAGCGAAGGCGAACCCGACUACGCCUCCCUCGCUAAAGCCCACCGCAUGAACACCGAUGUCCGCCGGUCCAUCUUCGUCGCCAUCAUGUCCGCGCCCGAUUACCAAGACGCACACGUUCGGUUGCUCAAACUCCGCCUCAAACGCGCCCAGGAAUACGAGAUCCCCCGUGUUCUCACCCACUGCGCCAUGGAGGAAGAAGCCUACAACCCGUAUUACAUGCUCAUCGCGCGCCGGCUCUGCGGCGAAAUGGGUCGCCGUAUUAAAAUUUCAUUCAUGUACACCCUGUGGAACAUCUUCAAGCGCAUGGGAGAGACCGGCGCCGACGAGGACGAGGACGACGACUUUCACGCAGACGACGAGCAAUCGAACAUGCCUAUGAAAUCGGUCGUCAAUCUGGCUAAGUUCUACGGCACUUUGAUCGCCGAUGGCACGUUGAACCUGGGGAUUCUGAAAACGCUGAACUUCGCGUACCUGCAAUCCAAGACGAGCACAUUUGUUGAACUACUCCUUAUCACGACGAUUCAGCAAUCGCAGAAGAGUAAACGCAGCAAGAAAGAUAAGAAGAAGAAGAAGGCCGGAGAGGAUGAAGAGGCUCGGGAUGAGCAGGCGCUGAUGGAGAUCUUUAUGCGGACGAGGGACACGCCGCAGGUCGUCAAGGGAUUGAUGUAUUUCAUCAGGAAGGUGGUUUCCAAGUCGGAUAUUGUGUCGGAGAAGGAGCAGAAGGUGGUGCGUUGGGGGUGCAAGGUGGCCGUUGAUGCAUUGAAGGUGGUUGCGAAGGAGUCGGAUUAA